UCUUAGCUCUUAGAUGGCAGCCAAAACGGAUGAAUCCUCGCCAGCAGUGGCUCCUGUCGCCGGCGGGAGCAGCAGCCCAGUGCCCUCCAGUGGACGCCACCAGUUGCGACCCGUGAAGUUCGACUACGCGGACUCGUUUGCCUGCACCUACAUCGUUUCCGUGGUGGCCGCCUCCAUCGCCGAGCUGGCCACCUAUCCCCUGGACCUCACGAAGACGCGUCUGCAGAUCCAGGGCGAGGGAGCCGCCCAGUCCGCCGGAAAGUCCAAUAUGCAAUACCGCGGCAUGGUGGCCACCGCCUUCGGGAUUGCGCGCGAGGAGGGCGCCCUGAAGCUGUGGCAGGGCGUGACGCCGGCGCUCUACCGACACGUCGUCUAUAGCGGCGUGAGGAUCUGCAGCUACGACCUGAUGCGCAAGGAGUUCACCGAGAACGGCAGCCAGGCGCUGCCCGUUUGGAAGUCCGCCCUGUGUGGCGUCACAGCGGGCGCCGUUGCCCAGUGGCUGGCCUCGCCGGCUGAUUUGGUUAAGGUGCAGAUCCAAAUGGAGGGACGCCGGCGACUGAUGGGCGAGAAGCCAAGGGUCCACUCAGCGGGCCACGCCUUCCGCGAGAUCGUCCAGCGCGGCGGAGUGAAGGGCCUGUGGAAGGGCAGCAUACCGAAUGUGCAGCGGGCGGCGCUGGUCAACCUGGGCGACCUGACCACCUACGACACCAUCAAGCACCUGAUCAUGGACCGCCUGCAGAUGCCCGACUGCCACACCGUUCAUGUGCUGGCCUCCAUUUGCGCGGGCUUCGUGGCGGCGAUCAUGGGCACGCCGGCGGAUGUGGUGAAGACAAGGAUUAUGAACCAGCCGACGGAUGAGAAGGGGCGGGGCCUGCUGUACCGCGGAUCCGUGGACUGCCUGCGGCAAACGGUGGGCAGGGAGGGCUUUGUGGCCUUGUACAAGGGCUUCCUGCCCUGCUGGAUACGCAUGGCGCCCUGGUCGCUCACCUUCUGGCUGUCCUUCGAGCAGAUCCGCAAGAUGAUCGGUGCCUCCGGCUACUAAAUCUGUGUUUUUCGUACAUGUUUGUUCAAUUAUCCCGCCUCAAAGUCGGUUUAAAUCCCUAAUUCCUAAUAGCGAAGCUCUGCCCCCGUUUUAAUCUGUUUUGCCAGCGGGUUUUCAAUCUUUUGGGCUCAUUUCUCCUAUCUUUUGUUAUUGUUGUUGCCUUGAGAAAAUCAAAAACCUUACAAUAAAGCGAGAAACUUGUUAUUUCA